AUGACUGCAGCCUUGUUUACACUUUCCCGAUUAAGCAGACAUACUGCCACCACGCGCAAGGAUUCUUGCCCCUUGGGACCGGAUCGUAAUCACGCUUCCGGGUCUGUGGACGUGUUGUUACCUGUCAGGUCUCAUCCUAAAGACGGAUCUGCUGUUCGUUGCGAAACUCCCCGUCCGCACAAGAGAGUGCGGUUCUCGACGGGGGCCACAACGCAGAAUGUCCCUGAGUGUUCAACUGGCCUGACUCCAGCCUUGUGCCGAACGUCAUUUGAGGAAAGAGAUGGGGGCUUGCAGCGCACUCCAACUCGCCGGUCGCGUCGUCAUUCGACUCCUCUGCCGCGGCCUCGCCGGCUGACUGAUAGUCCGAUACCGCGAGCUUCCACAUCGCCAGAAAAGGUGUUACACUUCACGCCUCUACGGCAACUCUUGGAUACGCGUACUCAACGCAGGAUUAGACGCAUAGGACUGAGUAACGAGAUCAACAACCUCGAACGUGAGAAGCGAGCAGCCGCCCAAUAUGAGAAAUCUCUCGAGUCAUUGCUGCGCGAAAGGGAUUCGCUUAAGCGGGAACUUGAGGUCGCAAAGAAGGGAAGAGUUUCGGCAACACCCGCAACUCAACCAACAAGCGACGAUGGAGAGUGGAUGGCACCCGAAGAUCGGAUCGAACAUCUGGAGGCGGGUAACGAUCGACUGAGGGCGCAGCUAUCAUUUUCGGCCAUGGACGAUUACCGCCACCCUACGCCAUCUGAAAGUGAUGCGGAUACGGUAGAUACGAUUUUGGUCAACGAUAGCGGCUUGGAGGGCAACAGUUUAUUCAUGUCAGACUCUCCUGAUAUUCGUGCAACGGAAAUAAACAUGGUUCCAGAUGAAUUUCCGCUCCACCAAACGCCUUCAAAAGUUGACAGUUCCGCCCAAACUUCACGCGGCAUGGAUGUCGAGUUUACCGCCAUCUCUCAGGAUUUGGAGGCGGCACGGAAAGAAAAGAAGGAUUUGUUCGAGGCAUGUCGCUCCCGGCUGAACUUGCUCAGCGGCACUCCCCUUGAACGCCAUCUUCGUGAACACUCUCCUCCGGCGGACUUCUUCGAUGAUAUCGUUCCUAGCUUGAUGCAGAUGCUCGCCCGAACUUCCGAUGCCACGCAGACUUUGAGUGACAUCCAAAGUGAGCUCUCUAGCCUAGGCUUUCAUGGUACAAACCUCCACGAGAGUGUAGAUGAGCUGCGCAACGCAUUUCGCACUGCACGCCUUGAGCUAGAGCACAUGGUCCCUGGAGAAACGGCCAAUGCGGGCUUGAACGGCGGAAUGUCCACCCUCAGCGCACUUGUAAAGCGGGUACAAGCACUGGUCGAAAGCCUUGAUGAGGAGCAGAUACGUCAUCAAGGCUCGUCUGAUCGGGAAAAGGCUCUGCGAGGUCAGUUUGACACUCUUCUAGCCCGCUAUGAGUCUGCAUGCAAGAAGAUUCAGAAUUUGGAAGAGUCCAUUACGUCUUCCGCUGGCGAUAUGCUUCAUACGAGAAUGCGGAUGCAGGAACUCGAACGCGAAGCACAAGAUCAUGUAAUCAGCACAGAGAGAUUGAAAGCCGCACUGGACAAGUAUGACGACGAUGUUAAACGUCUAGAGAGUCUCGUGAGUAGGUUAGAAGAAGAGAAAGCCCUGCACGCGGACAGUCAUGCUCGGCGGAUAUCUGAGCUGCAGCAGAAGGUUGUUGACGAAGAAAGCCGCCGUCGUGCAGCUCAAUCAACUAUCGAAGACCUGGAAAAGCAGAUUCGCGAGCGAGAGGAGAUUAUUGAGCAGAACAGAAUACGGGUCUGUGACCUCACAGCCAAAAUGGAAAGCAUUGAGCGUGAGCGCCAACAAGCUGUCGAGAACUUGGAGAAAAACGUUACAGACCACGAACGGGAGACCGGCUUGUUGAAUGUCCGUAUUGCGGAACUCAACACAGCACUGGAAGCAGCCAAGACAGAAGCUGAGAAACUCAAUCGCUACAAUGCAGGUCUCAAAGAGCAAAUGCGACUGGAGAUUGAAGCAAAGGAUGGCCUGUUGGAUAAAUGGUUCGCGGAACAGACACGGGCGUUCGCAUCGAUGAAGGCUGCAGUCAACGCUGAGCGUCGCCAGGCUAAGGUACGGAGCGCCAAUUGGGAGCUAAAGUCAGAUGAACUGGAGUCGGAUGAUAAGGGCAUUGGCAGCGAGCCAAUUACCCCUGUCAGCAUGACCCGGUUUAUGGACGUAGAGAUUGGUCGAGGAAAGCAUCGCAGGCGGAUUGACAGUGGAAUUGGAGUUCUCACUGAAGAUGAGCUGGAAGAUGAAGUGGACGCAGUACCCUCUGACCCGAUCGAUCUUUGA